AUGGGAGACGUGGAUCCAGAGACGCUUUUGGAAUGGCUCUCGAUGGGCCAGGGAGACGAGCGGGACAUGCAACUGAUUGCCCUCGAACAGCUCUGCAUGCUGCUGCUCAUGUCGGACAACGUGGACAGAUGCUUCGAAAGCUGUCCACCGAGGACGUUCCUGCCAGCCCUGUGUAAAAUAUUCCUCGACGAGUUGGCCCCGGAGAAUGUGCUGGAAGUAACGGCACGGGCCAUCACUUACUAUUUGGACGUGUCGUCUGAAUGUACCAGGCGCAUCGUGGCGAUCGAUGGCGCCAUCAAGGCCAUCUGCAAUCGGCUGGUGGUGGCCGACCUGGAGAGCCGCACUAGUCGCGAUCUGGCCGAGCAGUGCAUCAAGGUGCUGGAACUUAUUUGUACCCGCGAGGCCGGAGCUGUCUUCGAGGGUGGCGGACUAAAUUGCGUGCUGUCGUUCAUCCGCGACAGUGGCUCGCAAAUCCACAAGGACACACUGCACUCGGCCAUGGCAGUCGUUUCGCGGCUCUGCACGAAAGUGGAACCGCAGGGUGCCAACGUGCAGACUUGCGUCGAAAGUCUCAGCACGCUGCUGCAACACGAAGAUCCGCUCGUGGCGGACGGAGCCCUUAAAUGUUUCGCAUCCGUCGCCGAUCGGUUCACGCGCAAAUCCGUCGACCCAGCCCCGCUGGCCGAGUACGGAUUGGUGGCGGAACUGUUGAAUCGGCUUAGCAACGCCGCCGGAGGUCCACAACUUUCGUCGACCACUACCACCACCAACAACAACAACAACAACAACUCCACCUCUCCAGGGACCACUGGAGGCGGAGGUGGUGGGUCACAGCAAGAGUCAUCGUCGUCUCCUCCGACAGCACAACUGUCCUCUUCGACCCCGAAGUCAGCGCAGGGGGCAAUGGAAGCUGGACGCUCGACCCAAUCAAUCGCCACCACCAUAUCGCUGUUGUCGACCCUGUGCCGAGGCUCACCCUCGAUCACGCACGAUCUGCUGCGAUCGAACCUGCCUGAGGCGAUGAAACGGGCGUUCAAGGGAGACGAACGGUGCGUGCUGGACUGUAUGCGAUUGGCUGACCUAAUUUUGUUGCUACUGUUCGAAGGCCGCAAGGCACUGGGACGCGUCGUCGGUUCGCAAGGUCAACUGGCGCCACGCGUCAAGCGGGCGGACUCGAGUGCCGAGCGCACUCACCGCCAGUUGAUUGACUGCAUUCGCAGCAAGGACACCGAGGCACUGAUCGAGUCGAUCGAGUCCGGCAGCGUGGAUGUCAAUUGCAUGGACGACGUCGGCCAAACGCUCCUCAACUGGGCGUCGGCGUUCGGGACGCUCGAGAUGGUAGAAUUCCUGUGUGAUAAGGGUGCGGACGUGAACAAGGGCCAGCGGAGCUCCUCACUGCACUAUGCGGCCUGCUUCGGGCGACCCGGCAUCGCCAAGGUGCUGCUCAAGCACGGUGCGAAUCCGGAUUUGCGGGACGAAGAUGGCAAAACGCCCCUCGAUAAGGCGCGCGAGCGACCGGACGAGGGUCACCGGGAGGUGGCCUCGAUUCUGCAGUCGCCCGGCGAAUGGAUGACGGCGGCCACCCGGUCGGACGUCAAGAGUGGCGACAGCGUGGAAGGCGAGGGCGAAAGUGAACCACGCGGUGAUCCGGAAAUGGCACCGGUGUAUUUGAAAUUUUUCCUACCAACAUUCUGCAACACGUUCCAAAGCACAAUGCUUGCUAGCGUUCGAAGAUCUAGCCUAGGGCUCAUCAAGAAGAUGAUUCAGUACGUUCAGCCCGACGUUCUCUCGAAGCUAUGCUCCUCGGACGGACUUCAAAGUCAUGAGCAAAGCCUAGGCACGCUCCUAGUCGAAGUCAUCGCAAGCGUGUUGGACAACGAGGACGAUGAGGACGGUCAUUUGGUGGUGCUAACGAUCAUCCAAGAGCUGAUGUCCAAGACGCAGAACGACUUUCUUGAUCACUUCGCCCGGCUCGGAGUGUUCUCGAAGGUCCAGGCCCUGAUGUGGGAUCCGAGCUUCGAUGGCAACGACAGCAACGAUGUGAUUAAGUCGUCCACCGACGAACCGAUGAAAGCGGCGCCAGCACUGGAUGCAAUACCACCUCCUUCGAGCAGCGGCGGACCAUCUAGCGCCUCUGGCGGGACCGGUGGAUCACCCAGCGUCACCGUGCCGCUGGAAGACGCCAAAGAGAUUCUGCACGGCAAGGCUUACCAUUGGCACGAUUGGAGUAUCUGUCGCGGUCGCGACUGCCUCUAUGUAUGGUCCGAUUCGGCUGCCCUCGAGCUCUCCAAUGGCUCCAAUGGAUGGUUCCGGUACAUACUCGAUGGCAAGUUGGCCACCAUGUACUCGAGCGGUAGCCCCGAGAAUGGAAGCGAUAGUUCCGAGAACCGUGGGGAGUUUUUGGAGAAACUACAGCGAGCCCGGGCUGCCGUGCGGCAGGGGAGCGUAUCGCAACCGAUCUUGUCGUCGCCGAGCCUCGCGCGUAUAGCGGUCGGAAACUGGGUGCUACAGAGCCAAAAGGAAUACCAACUACAUAUCAACAAUUCUGAGGGGCAUCAGGUGACGAUCCUGCAGGACGAGCUGGCCGGGUUUAUCUUCGAGAGUAACCGCGGCACGAAGCACGCUUUCACCGCGGAAACCACCCUGGGACCCGACUUUGCGGCCGGCUGGAUCAACACGAAGAAGAAGAAACUUCGCUGCAAGGUCGAAGCUCAAAAGUAUCAGGUAAAAAAUCUUGCCCGAGAGCUUUACAACCGGUACUUCAAGGCGGCACAGGCCGUGCCGCGUGGUGCGGUAGCGAAGCUGUCGAAGAUAGUACAUCAAAUCGAGAUCGCACUGGAAGAGCAGCAGGCGCCCCCAAGUGGUGUGACCAUCAGUUGGCAGGAGAAACUGUACAACGCGUUCAAUGAGCUCGUGCGCCUGCUGAACGAGGAUGGUGUAAUCAGUGCGUACGAGAUGCACAGUUCCGGCCUGGUCCAGGCGCUGGUAGCGGUCCUGUCGCGCAACUACUGGGACCUGGGCGUGAACCGCAGUAAGGCGAACAAAUACCAUAAGCAGCGGCUGUCAAUCUUUAAGAAGUGCAUGUACGGCGGUGACGCCAAGAGUGGUAAAAAUACGGCAGCCAUUCUGGUGCAGAAAUUGGUGGCCGUAUUGGAGAGCAUCGAGAAGCUGCCCGUUUACAUAUACGAUUCGCCGGGCGGCAGCUAUGGUCUGCAGAUACUGACCAAACGAUUGAGCUUUCGGCUGGAACGGGCCGCCUGCGAGCAGACGCUGUUCGAUCGUACGGGCCGCAAUCUAAAGAUGGAACCGCUGGCCACGGUGGGCCACCUUAACAAGUACCUGCUGAAGAUGGUCGCCAAACAAUGGUACGACAUGGAACGCUCCACGUUUCUCUAUCUGCGUAAGCUAAAGGAGGUGCGGCCACCCUGGUCGGUGCAAUUUCGGUACCAGCACGAUUUUGACGAGAAUGGCAUCAUUUACUUCAUCGGCACCAAUGGGCUGACGUCGGAGUGGGUUAACCCGGCCCAAUACGGUCUGGUGACGGUGACGAGCAGCGAAGGAAAGCAACUGCCGUACGGCAAACUGGAGGACAUCCUAUCGAGGGAUAGCGUCAGUGUAAACUGUCACACGAAGGACAACAAAAAGUCAUGGUUUGCGGUCGACCUAGGCAUGUUCGUCAUACCGACGGCGUACACGUUACGCCACGCGCGUGGCUACGGACGUUCGGCGCUGCGCAACUGGAUGUUUCAGAUGUCGAAAGAUGGCGUGACCUGGGUGACGUUGCUGACGCACACCGACGACAAGAGUCUGGCAGAACCGGGCAGCACCUGUACGUGGCCGAUCGAGUGUGCGGCUGAUGAGCAGCACGGGUUCCGUCACAUACGUAUCCACCAGAAUGGGCGCAAUGCAUCGGGCCAGACGCAUUACCUCAGCCUGAGCGGGUUCGAGCUGUACGGUCGGGUGGUCUCGGUGUGUGAGGACAUGGGCAAAACGGCCGCCAAGGAAAAUGAAGCCAAACUGCGCAAAGAGCGGCGCUACAUUCGCACGCAGCUGAAGCUCAUCACGGAGGGAGCACGUGUUGUGCGCGGGGUCGAUUGGCACUGGGACGACCAGGAUGGGACACCAUCCGGCGAAGGAACGGUCACAGGCGAGAUCCACAACGGAUGGAUCGAUGUGAAGUGGGAUCACGGUUUACGCAAUUCGUACCGCAUGGGCGCCGAGGGUAAGUACGAUCUUAAGCUGGCCAAUAUCGAUGGUAGCAUGAUCGCUGGCGGAUCGUUUGAGCUGCACAACAGUUCCACCACUGCAAUGAUGUACGAUAAAUCACUCAACGUACUGACCAGUCGCAAGUCCAGUUCUACGCCGAGCCUGCCAGAAGCCACUGAGAACCGGUCGUCGGUUGCUUCCACCGAGCAGGCCACUUCAGCGGACAAUCUCUCAUGGAAACAGGCGGUCGAGGUGAUCACGGAGAACGUGCUGUCGUCAGCACGCUCCGAUCUGGCCACCGUGGGCAGCGGCGGUAGCAGUAACGACCUUUCGUCAUCGGUUGUGGUCACCUGUGGUAGCGGUGGUUCGGGUGUGAGUAGCAACAAUAACAACCUCAGCGCCGGCGGUAACCAGGAAGUGUCCGUGAUAGUGCACUCAUCGCUUAGCGAACGGGGCAACAACAUUUCCGAUCUAUCGCAGAUCAACAGUAGCACCUCGAUGCUGGUGUCAGAUUUGGCUACGAUCACCGAGAAUCUGACGCUGUCCGAUGGAGGCUGUGCUGACGCCAAGACACCCACUGGGGGACCCCAGUUUGUGAGCAACAUCGGUGGCGUAAGUGGCGGUGCUGGUGGUGGUGCCCCUGUACUAAUGGCAUCAUCGUCGUCCUCUUCCACUUCUUCGUCAUCAUCAUCUUCGUCUUCGUCGUCGUCGACGGAGGAAAACAACAAGACCAACAACAUUAACGAAACAAACAACAAGAUCAAUCUAAAUAGCUGCGCCGCAGCCGGUGGUAGUGGCACGAGUGCCAGCGGAACCAAAGGAGCAUCGACGUCCUCCUAUCUGCAGACCAAGUUGGACGUAUUGGAUAAGAUGCGCGAAGGCGUUGACAUGCUGAGGAACAACACGAACAACUUCCUCUCGUCGGAGCUGCUCGCUCAAUCGAAUCUGCUGUCGUCGGUAAAGAUUGCACUGCCUUCGGUGCAGCAAACGGCAGCAGCCUCUUCAGGGGCAACAGGAAACACAAUUUUCGUGGCCAGCACAAGCAGCAGCAGCGGACCUGCGAAUGCCGCAGGAAGCCAAGCACCGUCGGACAAGUCGGAUGUAAAGUUCAACAACGCCACAAUGGGUAACGCGUUCAAGAAGGUGCUCAACGAAGCCAAGUCUUCGGUGGAUCUGGAAAACCGUGAUGCGGCCAACAACAUGAAGAACAACAUCGUCAUCGUGAGCACUCCUGGGAACGAUCACGCUGCCGACGAGACGGACGGUUCGCGCGAUCAAGCGAGUGAGGUGAACAUCGAAGGCUCCUCGUCGUCGAACGUUGUCGUCCCGGUGAUGGUGGCCACCAAUCCGAUGAGCGUGAGUGUGCCGAAUCUGACGAGCACAACAGCAGCACAACAACCAGCAGCAUCAACAGGAACGUUUGCGGCCAUUGCGAGACGUCGCACGUCCGGUGGUGGAACGGUCACGGGCAACACCGGCACGUCGUCCAACAACAACAUCAACAAUAACUCUUCGUCGCAUUCGACCUCGCAGCAAACGGUGCCGAUCAACAACCAACUGAUCAGUAGCGGUGGCACUGGCAGCAGUGGCAGCGGAGGAGGGACCGGAGGUGGAAGCGGUCUCGGUUGUGGUAUACCGAACAAUUCGAGCUUUUUCCCUCGCGGUCCCAACUCGGUCACGAGCCUGGUGAAGCUGGCACUAUCGAGCAACUUUCACAGCGGACUGCUCAGUACGGCCCAGAGCUAUCCGAGUUUGUCGAGUUCCUCGUCGUCCAACAACAAUCACGGUUCGUCGGGAGCCGCCGCCAGUGGUGGCUCAGGAGGUGCUGGGGCUAAUAACAACAAUGCGAACAGCGCGGCUGCCGCCGGCGCUGCGAAUCCCCUGAAUCCGGCGCUCACUAUGAGCCUGACGUCGACCUCCAGCGAUAGCGAGCAGGUUUCGUUGGAAGAUUUCCUCGAGCAGUGCCGAGCACCGACGCUGCUGGGCGACCUGGAGGAUGACGAGGACAUCGAGGAUGAAAACGAUGACGACGAGAACGAGGACGAGUACGAAGAGGUGGGCAACACGCUGCUACAGGUCAUGGUUUCGCGCAAUCUGUUGUCGUUCAUGGACGAGGAGACGCUCGAAAACCGAUUGGCGGCCGCCGGUAAGCGGAAGUCGUGGGACGACGAGUUUGUCCUGAAGCGCCAAUUUUCGGCCCUUAUCCCCGCGUUCGAUCCACGACCUGGGCGCACCAACGUCAACCAAACGAGUGAUCUUGAAAUUCCGGCCCCGAGUGCAAAUCCCACUCAGAACAACAACACCGGCGGCAGCAGUGUUGGUGGCAGCCACUCGGCCCCACUUCCUCAGCCAUCGCUCGCGUUAGUGCUGCGAGGACCAAACAUCAACGGAGUGAACGACGUGGAAGUAGAGCUGACUCACCCGGACUGGACCAUUUUCCGAGCGGUCCAGGAGCUGAUGCUGCAGACGACGAUGUCGAAACAGGACCGAUUCCGAAAGGUCUGGCAACCGACGUACACCAUCGUGUACCGCGAAACCACACCUGGUUCUUCGUCAUCGCUGCACGUAAAGGAGGACUGUUUCAGCAGCGGUGAAGAAGGCAGGGCUACGCCGAUCGUUUCACUCUUUUCGCAACGCAGUCGCGGCUCGACGCUCUCCCCGAGCUCCCCCAUCAUCCCGGGAACACCAUCGAUCGUCGGAGUUGCUGGUGUUGGUCACUGUUCAGUGGAGGACGUGUUGCAGCUGUUGUCCCAGUUGAGUGACAUUAACCAAUCGCUGGCCGUCGCACCGAGCAACAACGACAAGAACCUAAUCCCAGACGUGGAGUCGAACUACCUGAACCCGGAGGUGUUUAUGAGCAAAAAAAUCACCAACAAGCUGCAGCAGCAGAUCCAGGAUCCGCUCGUCCUCUCCAGUGGCAGUUUGCCCAAGUGGUGCGAAGAGUACAACCAGAGCUGCCCAUUUCUGUUCCCGUUCGAGACGCGCCAGCUGUACUUUGGUUGCACGGCUUUCGGGGCAUCCCGUAGCAUCGUUUGGUUGCAAUCACAGCGGGACGUCAGCCUGGAGCGACAGCGUGCACCGGGGCUCAGUCCACGGCACGCCGAUCAGCACGAGUUCCGCGUCGGGCGGUUGAAGCACGAAAGGGUAAAGGUGCCCCGGGGCGAAAAUCUGCUCGAUUGGGCGCAGCAAGUGAUGAAGGUGCACUGCAACCGCAAGUCAGUACUCGAGGUGGAGUUUGUCGGAGAGGAGGGAACUGGCCUGGGGCCAACGCUCGAGUUUUACGCACUGGUGGCGGCGGAACUGCAGCGUAGCGAUCUCGGCAUGUGGCUGUGCGACGACGAGUCACCGAAGCUUAUCGAGGAUGAGAUCGAUCUGGGCGAGGGCAGCAAACCGGUCGGAUACUACGUGCGCCGCUCCACCGGCCUCUUCCCGGCACCCCUGCCACAGGAGGCGGAGAUUUGCGACUAUGUUUCCAACUACUUCUGGUUCCUGGGAGUGUUUCUCGCAAAGGUCCUGCAGGACAACCGGUUGGUGGAUUUGCCGCUUUCAAACAGCUUCCUGCAGCUACUCUGUCACAGUCGGUUGAUUGCGCGUGCGCUGGUCUGUGAUGACAUAAUGACUUCGUCGCUCAUGUCCGAGGAGGGCGAUCGCGAGCGCGAUCUUUUGGUCGAUUCGUACCAAUCGAAAAUGGCGGCCAGCGAUGGCGCAUGGUAUGAUGGUAUCCUGACGCAGGAGAACCUGCUGGAGAUUGACCCGAUCCGGUACGAGUUUCUGAAAGAGCUCCAGGAACUGGUACAGCAAAAGCAAAACAUCGAGCUGAACGAUGCGCUCAGCUCGGAGGAGAAGCUGCUACAGAUCGCCGAGCUGAAGCUCAACACCAAAACGGGUUGCGUGGCGCUCGAGGACCUGGCGCUCACCUUCACCUAUCUGCCGAGCUCGAAGCACUAUGGAUACGCGUCGGCUGACCUCAUUCCGAACGGUGCCAACAUCGACGUGACGAUUGGCAACGUGGAGGAGUACUGCAACCUGACGAUAGCGUUCUGCCUACAGGAGGGCAUCGCCAAGCAGCUGGCCGCCUUCCACCGGGGCUUCUGCGAGGUGUUUGACCUCAACAAGCUGGCCGCAUUUACACCGGAUGAAAUCCGCAAGAUGCUGUGCGGCGAACAGAACCCCGAGUGGACCCGGGAAGACAUUAUGACGUACACCGAGCCAAAACUCGGCUACAGCAAAGAAAGCCCUGGCUUCCUGCGGUUCGUCAACGUGCUAAUGGGCAUGAAUGGUUCGGAGCGAAAGGCGUUCCUGCAGUUCACCACCGGUUGUAGCAGCCUACCGCCCGGUGGGUUGGCCAAUUUGCACCCGCGGCUAACGGUUGUACGCAAGGUGGACGCGGGCGAAGGUUCCUAUCCGUCGGUCAACACCUGCGUCCACUAUCUCAAGCUGCCCGACUAUCCGAACGAGCAGGUCCUUCGCGAGCGCCUGCUGACCGCGACCAAGGAGAAAGGGUUCCAUCUGAACUAAACUAAAUCAAAUCCCUAUCAAAAAGUUGUUACGAUGUUUAUCGAUGUUGAACUGUGAAACACGAACUGAUGGAUAGCGUUGCUGCUACAUAUAAAGUUACGAAGAUACCCGAAAUGAUAAGACGUGUGUGCGUGCGUGCGUGCGUGUGUGAGUAUGUAUUAUUUGUCUAGAUCGUAAGGCGCUGCAGAAAGACGCGUGCAAAUAAUGAAAAUCAUUAUACCAUUUUAAAAAGAAAACUCUUCACAGAAAAAGCGCCGCUUUGCGUAGAAACUUUCCGAUCGGCGGCCGGGCACGUGUGCGCGGUGAAUGCAUUGGAUUGAUAAACGAUCAGAUUAUCAGCACGUUCGAAAGCGAAAGAUUAGACAACGGAAGCGCGUUACGGAGCGUAUAGAUUUAUGUGAGGGAAACUAAUGUCAAAAAAUAAAGAACAAUAAGCUUUUCAUGAAAUUACAAAGAUAAUGUAACGUUCAAGCGUUAAAAAUGCGACAACGCAAUACAUGCACUCUCUAGAACCGUGCACAACACACCCUAUUCGAUUAGUUAUGGUCUCUCGGUACAUUACCUACACGAGCGAACGUGUCAACAAAAGAAUAUGUCCUUAUAUAAAACAAUGCCUUAUUUCUAUCGCACCUACCGCACUUAUUCGAGUUCGAGAUCUCUCUGAGUCGUUUCCCGUCGCUUCGUUGCUGAACUCAUGAACCUAACAAACAGCCAACAGCUUCGUAGCGCCAUUUGAGCAUCCAACUUGAAGACCAAUAUGCAGGAGAGUUCCAAGUUCGCGUUCGCGAUUGUGUUCCUCCCCUGACAAAAUGAGACGGUUUCCGACGACAAAAAUCCGUUAUCUCGUUCCCUUUGCUCGUGCGGAUCAAGUGACAAGCCUCAUCACUUUAAGGUAGAUAGAACAAACGAUGCUUCGAACUGAUGAUAGAAAAAGGGGAAAAAACUUAUUUCGGCAGCUCCAGAGACAGCCCACAGGACAAAUCUGCUGCCGGUAUAUGUAAGCAAAACAAGGUACUAAAUAUGAGUUUGUGAUUCAGGAUAAAACCGUUUAACUAAAAUCCAUGUUACGUGACAGGAAUGCGGCGUUUGCAUGCGUGUGGUUAUGUGCAUGUUGUUUGUCUUGUGUGAGUUCUUAGCCGAAAGCUCAGCCACGAAUCAAAGGCGCCAAAGUUGGCCAAGAUUAAAGAGUGCAGUUAGCUAGAGAGUUUUGAGCACUAUUAGCAACAGCGUAGGACACCGUCGUCUGUACAUAGUGAGCAUAGUGGGGAUAUAAUCCGCGUUUCCACGCGCAUAGAGGAAUUUACAUCAACGUUUACUUCUUCUUAAUCGCUCCUAUCGCACGCAGUAAUACUCUCUGUCUUUGGAAUUGACACGAAUUUCAUUGGAGAAUCAAUAUAUAAACAUAAAUUUUUUGAACCAUGAAGCACAUCGAGUGCACCCAUAAUGCAAACUAAACAGAUGAGAAACGUUAAAAAGGUAGCAAAUGUUUAGGAAAAGUCAAAAAUUAGUGCAAAUAAAGGAAAAUUCCGGAUUAUGAACACCCGUAAGCAAAACUAAGUCUUGCAAAGCAGAAGACUCCUUCAUACACUUGAAACCUCUUAUGAUAGUAAAGACACGGGCGCGAUAAGCGCCAAGAAGAAAUAAUAAAG